AUGUCCGAGGUGCGGCCGCCCCCGCUGCGGGCGCUGGGCGAUUUCCUGCUGGGCCCCGCGCGCCUGGCGGCCCCGGACCCGCGCGAUCCGCAGCGCUGGAGGAACCGGGUCCUCAACAACCUGCUCUACUACCAGAGCAACUACGGGCUGGGGCUGGGGCUGGCGCUGCUGCUGGGGGGGUACUUCCGGCCCCUGCACACCCUGCUCUCCGGCUCCGCCGUGACCCUCGUCUUCGUCGCCUUCGUCUGGGCGGCUGAGAACAAGGCCCCGAUUCGGCGCUUCCGGCGCAGCUACCCCGGCGCCAGCCUCCUGGCCGUGCUGGGGAGCGCCUACGGCCUGGUGUCCCUCUUGGGGGGCUCGGGGGUCUUCCUGCUGACAGUCACCCUGCCCAUCUCCAUGAUUCUCAUCCACGCCUCCUUUCGCCUCCGGAACCUCAAGAAUAAAAUCGAGAACAAGAUCGAGAGCAUUGGGCUGAAGCGGACGCCCAUGGGGCUACUGCUGGAGGCGAUGGGCCAAGAACAAGAAGCUGGCUCUUAAGGAGCGAGACGGGACCCCCCCCCCCGGCCGUCCUUCCCACCAGCCCCUCACCGUUGCCUCGGGCCUGCGCUUCGCUACUCUCCUACACGCCCGCUCGCGCUACCGCGAAGAUGCAGCAUCCCCCUGAGU